GUCAAUUAUAUGUACUACUCAUGUAAUGAGUUACUAUUUUGUUGCUACUACUUUGUUGCUGUAACUUUGAUUUGAGUGUCAAGAGUAUUCGUCCUUUGUCUGUCCAUUGGAUUGGAUUUGAUGGGUAAUAUGGUAUUAUUCUUUUUUCAGCAAAUUUGAAGUGGCUCUUAUCAAAAUGCUUGUCGUCCAAAUUUGCUCUUCUCCAUCACACGAGAUGUUCUGGGACAUUAGUCCUCAAGGGAAAGUACCAGUGCUUAAGAUCGACGACAAGUGGGUGACUGAUUCCGACGCCACCGUUGGUAUCCUCGAGGAGAAGUAUCCUGAUCCACCUCUCAAGACUCCUGCUGAAUUUGCCUCUGUUGGCUCCAACAUUUUCGAAGCUUUGGAGAACCAUCUCAAGAGUCACGAUGGUCCUUUUAUCGCCGGGGAAAGAGUUUCCGCGGUGGAUCUUAGCUUAGCACCAAAGCUUUACCACCUUCAAGUUGCUCUUGGCCAUUUCAAAAGCUGGUCUGUCCCUGAGAGCUUUCCCCAUGUCCAUAACUACAUGAAGACUCUGUUCUCGCUCGACUCUUUUGAGAAAACUAAGACCGAGGAAAAGUGUGUGAUCUCUGGAUGGGCUCCCAAGGUCAACCCUUGA